ACCGCCUACCUGCUCAAGUGUCCGCCUUGCCCCAUCCCACCCGGCCUGGCCUGGCCAGAGCUCCCUGGAGACGGAAUCCUCUCACCUAGCAGCUGGACCAAGGGAGCCAGCCUUGGGCACUAGCAGGGAAGAAUUCCCUGGGGUCCAUCUUAGAGUGCCUGUCCAUUUGUCAAUGCUCUGUGUGCUAGCUCCACGCUGAGUACUGGGAAAUGCCAAGGCCCGUCCUGACCAUGGUCCCUGCCUGGCUGUGGCUGCUUUGCCUCUCCACGCCCCAGACCCUCCCCAAGGCCCAGUCUGCAGACCUGCACGUAGAAGUCCCCGAAAACUACGGUGGAAAUUUCCCUUUGUACCUGACCAAGCUGCCACUGCCCCGUGAGGUGGCUGAAGGCCAGGUUGUGCUGUCAGGGGGCCCAGGCAUGGCAGCUGAGGGACCUUUUGCUGUGGAUCCAGAGUCUGGCUUCCUCUUGGUGACCAAGGCCUUGGACCGAGAGCAACAGGCAGAGUACCAGCUACAGGUCACCUUGGAGACCGAGGAUGGACAUGUCCUGUGGGGCCCACAGCCUGUCCUUGUGCGUGUGAAGGAUGAGAACGAUCAGGUGCCCCAUUUCUCCCAAGCCAUCUACAGAGCUCGGCUGAGCAAGGGCACGAGGCCUGGCACCCCCUUCCUCUUCCUCGAGGCUUCAGAUGGGGACGAGCCAGACACAGUCAACUCGGAUCUUCGAUUCCACAUCCUGAACCAGGCCCCAGCCCAGCCUUCUCCAGACAUGUUCCAGCUGGAGCCUCGGCUGGGGGUUCUGGCCCUCAGCCCCAAGGGGAGCAUCAGCCUAGACCACGCCCUGGAAGGGUCCUACCAGCUGUUGGUACAGGUCAAGGAUAUGGGUGAUCAAGCCUCAGGCCACCAGGCCACAGCCACCGUAGAUGUCUCUGUAGUUGAGAACACAUGGGUACCCCUAGAGACCAUCCAUCUGACAGAGAAUCUCAAAGUUCCAUACCCACACCACAUGGCCCAGGUACACUGGAGUGGAGGAGAUGUUCUCUAUCACCUGGAGAGCCAGCCCCCAGGGCCCUUCCAUGUGGACGCAGAGGGGAAACUCUAUGUGACCGGAGAGCUGGACCGAGAAGCCCAGACUGAGUACCUGCUCCAGGUGCGGGCUCAGAAUUUCCGCCGUGAGGACUACGCAGAACCUCUGGAGCUGCAUGUGGUGGUGCUAGAUGAAAACGACAAUGCACCUGUCUGCCCUCCACGUGGUCCCCCAAUCAGUAUCCCUGAGCUCAGUCCCCCAGGCACUGAAGUGACUAGGCUGUCAGCAGAGGACGCUGAUGACCCCAGGUCCCCCAAUUCCCACAUUGUGUAUCGCCUGCUGAACCCUGAGCCCGAGGACAGGGCAGAGAGGAGAGCCUUCCAGCUGGAUCCCACUUCCGGCCAUGUGGGGCUGGGGGCCAUGCCACUCCAAGCUGGCCAGGACAUCCUACUUCAAGUGCUGGCAGUUGACCUAGCAGGAGCAGAGGGUGGCCUCAGCAACACGUGUGAGCUCACAAUUACAGUCACAGACAUCAAUGACCAUGCGCCAGAGUUCACCACCUCCCAGAUUGGGCCUGUAAGCCUUUCUGAGGAUGUGGAGCCCGGGACUCUGGUGGCCACACUCACGGCCACUGAUGCUGACCUUGAGCCUGCCUUCACCCUCAUGGACUUUGCUGUUGAGGCGGGGAACACAGAAGGGACCUUCGGCCUGGAGUGGGAGCCAAACUCUGGUCAUGUCCAGCUCCGACUCCAGAAAAACCUCAGCUAUGAGGCAGCCCCUAGUCACGAGGUGGUAGUUGUGGUACGCAGUGUGGAGGAGCUGGUGGGGCCAGGUCCGGGUCCCAGAGCCACGGCCACAGUGACUGUGCUGGUGGAGAGAGUGAUACCACCCCCCAAGUUGGACCAAGAGAGCUAUGAAGCCAGCGUCCCAGUCAGCACCCCAGCCGGCUUCCUCUUGCUGACUAUCCAGGCCUCAGACCCCAUGAGCAGAACCCUCAGGUUCUCCCUGGUCAAUGACUCAGAGGGAUGGCUCUGCAUUGAAGAGGUCUCUGGGGAGGUGCGCACGGCCCAGUCCCUGCAGGGAGCCCAGGCUGGGGACAUGUACACAGUGCUGGUGGAGGCCCGGGAUGCAGAUGAGCCAAGACUGAGCACCUCUGCGAGCCUCGUGAUCCACUUCCUGAAGGCGCCUCCUUCCCCAGCCCUGACUCUGGCCCCCAUGCCCUCCAGUCACCUCUGCACACCCCGCCAGGACUACGGUGUGGUUGUCAGUGGACCCAGCAAGGACUCUGACCUAGCUGGUGGGCAUGGCCCCUACAGCUUUGCCCUGGGUCCUAACCCCACGGUGCAGCGAGACUGGCGCCUCCAGCCUCUCAAUGGUUCACAUGCCUACCUCACCCUGGCUCUGCACUGGGUGGAGCCAGGUGAACACAUAAUCCCUGUAGUCGUCAGCCACGAUGCCCGGAUGUGGCAGCUCCCAGUCCGAGUGAUCGUGUGUCGGUGCAACACGGAAGGACAGUGCAUGCGCAAAGUGGGCCGCAUGAAGGGCAUGCCCACGAAGCUGUCGGCAGUGGGUGUCCUCGUGGGCACCCUGGCAGCAAUUGGCUUCUUCCUCAUUCUCAUCUUCACCCACCUGGCCCUGGCAAGGAAGAAGGACCUGGACCAACCAGCGGACAGCAUGCCCCUGAAGGACACUGUCUGAAUGGUCCUGGCAGCGCCAGCUGACAGUGUAGACUCUGGCUCCAAUGGAAACCACUGGGACAGAGCUCCACACCCGGAUCCAGUGGGGACCAGGACAGAGCAGAAGCCCCUCCACUUGCCCUGGGUGGAGGCGCCAUCGCCAGACAUGACCAGAGCCUGAACUCUGACUGUGAGGUGCCAUGGGAGUACUCCAAAUAGCAUCACCUUUGUUCAAUAAUAAAGCUGCAGAGAGCGGGACUGGGCCCUAAGGAAUUGGCA